AUGGCGAGCAUCGACGAUUUGAAAACAUACGAGUUGCAAUUGCAGCAGGUUGAGGCUGCCCUCACAAGUGAUCCAGCAAACGAAGAACUCCUCAAGCUUCAGAAGGAUUUGAAGGAGGUUAUCCAGCUGACCACUGAGCUUCUGUCUGUACCCAGUGCCCCUGCAAAGAGUUCUGGCACCACUGCUUCAUCGGCUUCCCGAGGGUUUGUGCCCAAGGCUGAUGCAGGCUCUUCAGAUGAGCAUGCACCAGACUGGAAAGUUGGAGACAGAUGUAUGGCUUUGUGGGAGGAUGAUAGCCAGUACUAUGAAGCAUUAAUCGAGGAGGUCCUGGAUGAUGGUACCUGUACAGUCACCUACACUGGCUGGAACACCAGCACAGUCUGUCCUAUCUGGCAGCUCAAACCGUAUGACCCUUUACUCAAAAGAGGUAUUAAGGGAGACGCCGCAGCGGACGCCAAAAAAUCAAAGAAAGAUUUGAUUGCUGAGCAGAGAGAGUAUAAGAGAAAGAAGUCGCUGAAGAAAGCUCAGAGAAUGAAGCAGUUGGAUGAGGAACAUGAACAAGAUAAAAACAAGUGGAUAGACUUUAACCACAAGACUUUUUCCAAGACCAGCAAAGGGAAAGUCAAGAAAAGUAUCUUUGCCACGCCAGAGAGCGUCACGGGGAAAGUGGGCGUCGGCACGUGUGGGUCGGGCGGCAAACCCAUGACGUCAUACCAGCACCAGGAGAAGUGGAAGAAAUGA